AUGGGUGAUGGCAAAGUCGAGUUACUGCUAAAAGCAGUUGGUGAUGCACCAAUAAUGAAGCAAGGUAAAUGGAAAGUUGAUUCCAAGAAAACAAUCGCUGAAUUAACUGCAUUCAUUCAACAAUAUCUCAAGAUCGAAUCUGGUGAGAGUAUAUUUCUGUAUGUGAANUUUCUGCAAAUCCCUUCGUUAUUAUAUCGUUGUUAA